UCAGCUGAUGAUACUCCGUUUUAGUUUAUGAUUUAGUUGCCGGGCGGGUCGUAAGGCAGCAGCACACAAUUGUCAUCACGUGAGGUCACAAUGGUUUCUGAUGGUUCUGACGACGAGUGAUUAGAACAACGAAUGUUUUGAAUUUCUGGAGAAAUUCAAGCAUCUGUCGCAUUCUGCGCAUAAAAGCGGAAUUCGAGAUAUCCAAUACAGUAAGACAUUUACAUUGGAACAUUAUUCAAAAUGACAGAAUACUGGUUAAUAUCUGCACCAGGAGAUAAAACAUGUCAGCAGACAUGGGAAACCAUGAAUACUUUGACAACAGUACAACAUUCUCUGUCAGUCAAUUACAAAUUCCAUAUCCCAGAUUUGAAGGUGGGAACAUUAGACCAAUUGGUGGGUUUAUCAGAUGACCUAGGAAAGCUUGACACUUAUGUUGAACAAGUAACCCGCAAGGUGGCAACAUAUUUGGCAGAAGUAUUAGAAAAUCGGAAAGACAAGUUCCUUGAAAAUCUUUUGGCUAACAAUAGUCAAACGUCAAUGGAUGGGGAGAGCUGGAGCCCCGAAGGGGGCCCGGACACCCCGCCAAACACCCCCGUCACCCCAUCACACAAGACUUCAAAGGAACACCACAAGCAGUGGAGGGAAUCGGAGAAAUGUGAACCAGACCCGGCCGCCUGUUUAGGUGAUCUACCAUCAUAUAUAACUCGAUUCCAGUGGGAUAUGGCAAAAUAUCCCAUCAAGCAAUCAUUGAGAAAUAUUGCUGACAUUAUCAGUAAACAAGUGGGUCAGAUUGAUGCAGACCUUAAAACUAAAUCUGCAAUAUACAAUAAUUUGAAAGGAAGUUUACAAAAUCUUGAAAAGAAACAAACGGACUUAUGUUCUUCAAUAGUUACUCAAAUACUUGUUAUUGUGCCAAGAGCUAGUGUUCAAGAAUGGUACAGUGUAUAUGAAAAAUUAACAAAUAUGAUAGUACCACGUAGCACACAACUUAUUACCGAGGAUUCUGAAUAUGGAUUAUUUACUGUCACUUUGUUUAAAAAAGUCAUUGAAGAAUUUAAAUUACACGCUCGUGAAAAAAAAUUCAUUGUUCGUGAUUUCAUAUACAAUGAAGAAGAAUUAGCAGCAGGAAAAAAUGAGAUAACAAAGCUGGCAACUGAUAAAAAAAAACAAUUUGCCAAUAUUGUACGUUGGUUAAAAGUUAACUUCAGUGAAUGUUUCUGUGCAUGGAUUCACGUUAAAGCUUUACGUGUAUUUGUAGAAUCUGUUUUAAGGUACGGAUUGCCGGUGAAUUUUCAAGCAAUUCUGUUACAUCCUCAUAGAAGGUGUGCAAGGCGAUUACGCGAAGUUCUUAAUCAGCUUUAUGCUCACUUAGAUUCCUCUGCUACAGCAUCUUCUGCUGCACAGGGAAAUCAAGAUAACGUCGAUAUACCAGGAUUAGGUUUUGGCCAAAACGACUAUUUCCCUUAUGUGUAUUAUAAUAUCGACAUAAACAUGCUCGGCAAAUAGGUUUAAUCGCAAAAAAUACGUCUAUUUUCCUGUAUUUUAAAUAUCUUCAUUUACAUAACACAUACUUUUAUAACUCCAGGUACUUAUAAAACAGGUGCGUACAAAGUAGUAUUGUUUGCUUACAUGAAAUACAGUGUUUUGCGUUUUUUAGAACGUCAAUACAAUCCUGAUUUUCAAUGUAAAGGUAAUUGUAGUCGGUUUAUUUCCAAGAGUGAACCAAAUAUUUACCCAAAAAUAAUAUUUUUUUAGUACAUUAAAGUACCUGGAGGGAUGUAUGUACCCUGAUAUUAGCUCAAUAAAA